AUGACCGUCCGAACCGCGCCCAAUGGCGCCGACGAAACCGAGCCUCUACUGCCGGGCGUCAACACGCCGACGAGGCCCAUCAACAGCCAGGCAAAGAAGUUCAUGAUCCUUCUCAUGUGUGGAAUUUUCGUGCUAGCAGCAGACUUUGGAAACGACUUGGGACUGGCUCCACAGACUGAGAUCUUCGAGCAGAUUAUCUGCCGCAAACACGAAGUCAAUUCGAGUGGAGCCAAGGACCCAUCGUGGGGUAACCCAUGCAAAUCUGAGGCCGUGCAGGGCGAACUGGCGUUGGUGCUGGGCUACAAGGACAUGUUCGAGGUGUUGCCGAGCAUCUUGCUCUCCCUGCCGUAUGGAAUCCUGUCCGAUCACUGGGGCCGAAAGCCGGUGAUCUACCUGGGCGUCGUGGGGAUGCUCGUUGGCGAAAUCUGGGUCCGACUAGUGGCUUUAUGGUCGGGCGUUCUUCCUCUUCGCUUGGUCUGGUUGACCGGAUUAUUCAGAGUUAUCGGUGGAGGAGACCAAGUGGUUGUGUCGAUUGCGCUUGUGAUGGUUGCUGACAUUUUCGACGAGGAAGAGAGAUCAACCGCUCUUUUCCGCCUCCAGUCCUGCAUUACACUGGCUGAAGUAAUGGCCACUCCAGUCAGUGCCUUCUUGAUGGGCUACAGUAUAUGGCUCCCUUAUAUUCUGGGACUAGUGGUAAUGGUAAUUGGAAGCAUUCCAAUACUGUUCCUUCCAGAGACCCUGGAAGAAGCCAAGGCAAAGAAGAGAGCGAGUCGCCUGCGCUCAGGGACUGAGUCCCCCAUGGUUUCCAGUGAGCCUGCUGAUCUAACCGGAAAGCCAGCAGUGGUUCAAGACCUCAUCCGCCAGAUUGAGGAGUUUAAAAACUCCACUCGUUUUAUUUGGCGGGACCGAAAUAUCUGGCUACUGGUUCUCUGCCUUUUUGUCACUGUAAUGACCAGGCAGACGAACAAUGUUCUUCUGCAGUAUGUGUCGAAAAAGUUCGACUGGUCCAUAGCUCAAGCCAGCCUUCUCAUCUCGUUGCGGGGAUUCUUUGCGCUCGCCAAUUACCUUGUCAUCAUGCCUGGUCUGACUUUUAUCCUCGCUAAAUACUGCAACCUCCAUGGCAAGCUCCGUGAUCGCAGCAUGAGUCAAGGAAGCGGAAUAUUCUCUAUCAUCGGCUUCCUAGCCGUCGGGUUUGCGCCCGUUCCUUCAUUGUUGAUCUGCGGCAUGGUCUUCAUGUCGAUGGGUUCGGCUUUCCAUAUCACCCUGCGCAGUCUAGGUACUGGUCUUGUAUCGCCUGUUCACGUGGGUACCCUCUAUUCAGCCAUGACUAUCUCCAUAUCCUUAGGGUUGUUCAUCGCCGGGCCAUUAUUUGCUUAUCUCUUCCGGCUGGGUAUGCAUUUCGGUGGCCCUUGGAUGGGCCUCCCCUUCUUGCAAGGGGGCCUCUUCUUCGUGAUGGCUGUGGUUGCCGUGAGCUAUAUUCGAGUGCGCCGACCAUCCUCAUUUAGUGGUCAAAGUGAGGAAGAGGAGCCUUUAUUAUCAUAA